CACAAACACAAGUCUAGUGCAGUGUAGCCUAAAUUAGUACUAGGGUGGAGUUUAAAAUAAAAAUCGUGCCCACUGGAUCCCACGACUACACGCAGGUGGGCGUGACACGCUACUGACCUCGGUGUUCGACUUACACCCAAAAUUGCUGCAAUUGCACGCUAUCUAUUAUUGUGCCUCCAUAGCUCAGUCGAUAAGGCGCUUGCUGAAAUCCAGAGGUCUCAGUUCGAUCCCGGGUCGGCGCACAUACAUGCCAGUCAUUAAGACGUUGGUAAACAGACAUCAAUACAACACUAAACAGACCAGCAACAGCAAAUCUACUGCCGUAAUUCAUCUUGCUUACUCUUUUACGGCACAAAUCUUACGUUAACCCAGCAACAGCAUGGCCCAGUACAGAGUACCUGACCCUGAGGAGCUGAUAGAGUGCCCCUACGACAGAGUUCACAUGGUGCGGGCCAAGAGAUUCCAGUAUCAUUUGGUGAAAUGCAGGAAGAACUACACUGGCACUGAGUUUAUGAAGUGCCCCUUCAAUGCCAAGCACCAUGUUCCCAAGCCCGAGUUCCGACAUCACAUUGCCAACUGCCCUGACAAGGCCAUCAUGGAACCAGAGCUCAGCUACAGUUCUAGAGAGGACAAUGUCGACCGAGUCAAAGGGUGUACAGACACACCGGUGUAUAGAGACAUAGAGAUCCCCACGCAGGAAGAUUGGGACUCGGAGAUCUCUGCGCCAGUGAGAAGGGGUCCGGCCUACGACAGUGAAUAUUAUGAACGAGUGAAGUUUAAGGACAUCACAGGCCUGUCGAAGAGUCAAAAAGCUAUGCUCAAUGAUCACAGACUAUCAAAUGAGGAGAAAAUGCAACAAUUCGGGGAGAAGACUCUCUACUCUCGCACAGAAGACAUCAGCCUUCGACGUCCCAUGGCGCCGUCCUUGGUCGCCAUGGGCAACGUGCCUCCGACCGUGGCCUCGGUACCGCCCGUGCUGCCAUCUGCUUACGCCAUGGGCAGGGGCCGUGGUAGGGGCAUAGCAGCUGUUGGCAUGCAGAAUGGGGCACCAGGACUUCCAAGUGGACAGUUUGGACGUGGAACCGUGAUGCCCCAGAGCACCGCCGGGAUGACCUUCACCCCGGGUGUAGGGCGGGGUCACAUUGCCCCACCCCCUGGAUACUGCGUCCCCAAAGUGACUCCAAGUGACUACUAAUGACAAGAAGUGAACCAUCUGCACAGACUACGGUGCAGGACUGGUUUUUGAAGCUGCUAAGAACAAACUAUGUCAAAAGAGUUGAUUUUUAUCAGUAGUUUAGAAUGUACAAUAAACAUACAAAGGAUGUAUAUUUUAUUGGGGAAGUGGACAACGACAACAAGGGAGGCCUGGUAUAGGGGAGAUGGCCCUGGGUUAUGGUUAGGGUUAGGGGGUCGGGUUAGGUUAAAGGCUAACCCAACCCCUAGCCCUACACUUACCCUAACCCUCUAACCCCCUCCCCCAUGCGCAUUACAAUACCAGACCUCUCGCAUUGUCGUUGUCCGCUUCCUAUAUUGUAUUGGGAUAUUGUUGGUAUAGUUUCAUUCAAGAGGAACUUGACUAUAUCUUUUUUUCAUGUUUGAUUUUGUAUUACCAGUAUGUGUGUGCCAUUAUCAGACUUUUUAAAAAUAUUUGAUAAUUAUAGUAUUUUACUUAGUGCAAUCAAAUGAAUCACAUGAUUCUUUGAUUGUUAGUAAAGCGCUUUUAAUUUUUGCUUCUAGAAACCUAAUUCAUCAAUUAACACAUUUAAAUCGGCAGUGCUUUGUGAAAAGGGGGUUUAAUGCAUGCGCGUAAAGUGUCAUCUCAGAUUAGCCUGUGCAGUUUGCACAGGCUAAGCAGGGACAACACUUUCUGCCUAAAUUGGAUUUUUGCUAAGAAGAGACUUUUUGAGGACUGCACGGGCUGAUCUGGGACAACCCUUUACGCACAGACUGAUCUGGGACGACCCUUUACACACAGACUGAUCUGGGACGACCCUUUACGCAUUGACUGAUCUGGGACGACCCUUUACGCACAGACUGAUCUGGGACGACCCUUUACGCACAGACUGAUCUGGGACGACCCUUUACGCACAGACUGAUCUGGGACGACCCGUUACGCACAGGCUUUAAACCCCCUUUUCACAGAGCAUGGCCCCAAUAUUGUAGUUAGAAAAUUGUAAAUUUGUAAAUCUAGAUUUGUGUUGUAACUUGCAAACCAUUUCAAAAUCAAGCUGAUUAAUAAAUUCAUUCCAAAUGAGAAAUUACAAUUAUGGUCCACUUUUAAUUUACUCUUUUUUUGCUUUUAUGGUUUUGGUUUGUUGUGUCCUCCUUUUAUCUUUAUUUGCCAUUUUAACCAUCUGAAUUGUUUAGAGCAUUUUCUUAGCAGUCAAAAUUGUUUCACAGAUUUUAGUUUAUAGUGUUUCCUCUUAAAUGAUUGUUUUAUUUUUUAGCUCACCUGAGCAUUAAGUUCUUGCUCAUGGUGAGCCAUUGUUGUCAACCUAUGUUCCGUGUCCAUUGUAGUGCGUUCUGUGUUGUAUGUCAUCAACUUUAAGCUCAUAACAAGUCUAAAGGUCACAUUUUUCAUCCAAUCUUGUUGAAACUUGAUCAAAAUUUUAUUCUUGACAGGCUGGAUGGGAAUCUGAUUGUUAAGCUCAUAACAAGUCUAAAGGUCACAUUUUUCAUCCAAUCUUGUUGAAACUUGAUCAAAAUUUUGUUCUUGACAGGCUGAAUGGGAAUCUGAUUGACAUGCGUCCUAAAAGUAAAGGUCAAAAGCUCAAAUCCUAGGAAAAUAUUGAACCAUUUUAGAACAAAAAUUACUGACUCAGAAUUGACAAUGUCAGUAUGUUGGUCAUGAUAAUAUCUAGGAUGAGUUGGAAUCAUGGCCAUUUAUUUCCAGAAAAUAGGUCAUGUGGUCAAACUCUAGAGGCCACAUUUAUGACACUUGAUGGAAUUGUUUCAGAAUGUUCAUCUCUAUACCGAGGAAGAGUUUGAAUCAAGGUUGAAUGCAACUGAAAAGAUGGUCAGCAGGUCCUAUCUUAGAAAAACAUUUAAACCACUCUAGAAACCACAUUUAUGACUUUAUCUAGAUUAAACUUGGUAAGAUUGUUUAUUGUUACAAUAUCUUGUUUGAGUUCCAAUCUGGGUCACUUGUAUAAAUAAAAGAUUGCCAGUUGAUAUUGUAGAAAACUUACCACUAAAUGGGCGGAAUUGAUUAAUUGUUUUGAAAUUUGUAAGAUUUCUUAUCUUUGCAAUUUCUAUGUUAAGUGGGAAUCUGAGUUACUUUCGUCUUAUAACUAGACCAGCAGCUGAAGUAAACCUAUUUAUUCCUUUAGGCAAACAGCGCAGACCCAGAUGAGACGCUGCAUCGUGCGGUGUCUCAUCUGGGUCUACACUGUUUGCCAAGGCCUUUUUUAUAGACGCUAGGCAUAAAUAGGUUAAAGGAAACCUAUAUUACCACUUUUAACAACUCAAUCUCAAUAAAACUUAGUAAUUGUCUCUAUCUUGAAGAUAUCAAGGCACAGUUUGAAUCGGGUCAUGAACGUCCAAAAGCUAGGUCACCAUGUCAAAUCUUACACACCAUUUUUUACCACUCUGGAAUCUAGAACUCCGCCAAGGACGGUCCCAAACCAGCUGAAAAGGGAGAAGGGUUGGGUGUAGGGCUAGCCAAACUAGAAUCCACUUGUAUGAAUCUCUAUGAAAUUGGGCCAUAUUGCUUAUCUUGACGAUAUCUAGGCGGAGAUUGAGUCAGGGUCACGUGUAUCCAGGAACUUUAUCAAAUGUUAGAAAAGCCUUAACAAUAAGAAGCCACUUACAUGACACAACCUUGAUGCAACAUGGUCAGACAUGUUUAUAUUGACAUAAGCAAAGAAAUGUUUGAAUCUGUGUUGGAUCAAAAUCUUGGUUAGCACACAGGUGUUGGGCGCGUGGCCAAUUCACUGAAACACUAUCAAUUUGUCAUAGAACAACAUUUUUCAUCACUUUAAAAACAAAAAUAUUCUGAUAUAAUUUAUCAGAUUUUUUUGGUCAAAGUUAUGAAAAAUGUUGUCCUAUGACAUAUUGAUAUAUUGAUAGUGUUUCAGUGAAUUGGCCACGCACCCGACACCUGUGGGUCAGCAGGUAAAGUAUUCAACAAAUGGUGUAUAUUAAACUCAGGUGAGACCUUAAGUGCAAUUUUUACUCAUUUUAAGUAUUUUAUGUUACUAUGUAUCAGGUAUGUAAAUAGGUACAAAUAAAUCUAUUUGAAUGA